GUCAGAAAUUUUGAAAUCACAGAGAAGCAAAAAAAUUGGCUUGAAAUCACAAUUUUCCCCAGAAAUUAACAAUUAAGGGAUAAGAUUAACAAUCAGUUCGCUCAAUUAAAUCAAUCAACUUCAACUUUUCUAAUUAUAAAUUAAUUUAAUUCACAAUUUGGUAAACAAAAGAUUUUGAAUUCCAAUUCAAACCGGGAAAGCGUUUCCAUGGUAACUUUCAAUUUAGAAAAAAAAAUUAUCCGUUUUUUUGUUUCUCUUUUUUUUGUUUGUCAAUUUGAUCUUUUUUUUUAAUUGUGAUUUUGAUUAAUCAUUUUUUUCUUGAUUAUCUUUUAUUUUUGUUAAUCAACCUCUUUCUCUCUCUCUCUCUCUCUCCCUCUGUUUGUUUUAUCUCUUCAACUGUUUACCUGUUGCUUUGGUUGUUCGGAAAGGCGAGUAUUAAGUAGUCAUGAUGAGCGAUAUACUUGAUAACAAUGGACCGGCUCCUAAACAAUUACGAUUGUCACCUAAAUCGUCUGGUGGUGAGACAAAGGGUGUUUAUAAAACAGAGGAGCAAAGUAAUGCUCUAGAUUUAACUUCAUCUCAUUCGGUUAGUUCAACUAUCCAUGGUAAGGGUGAGAUUAAUCUGUCAAUGAUUAAAUUUAUAAGAAUUUUAGAUGAAGUUGCUGAUACCAAGAUGAUUCACAUUGAAGGUGAAUAUGGUGGAGAUAAGGUUGUCCUAACCCUUGAGAAGACACCAUUUCAUAAAGACACCGUUGAGAAAAUAUUAUCUUCCACCGAUAAAUCAUUGAAAAAAGAUUUCACCAAUGAUAUUUACGGUACUUACAGGGCUUAUCCACAAGCCGAACUCAAUGGUAUCAGAGUUACCAUUAUCCAUCCAGCUACUGAUCUUCACAUUUCCAAAUACUCUGCUCAAAGUUUCUUCAUGAUCCAAGAAACACCCGAGGAUUACAAGAAUAUCACCUUACCCUACAUUGAAUCUCAGUCUUUCUCCUUGGAUUGGGUUUACAAUGUUUUGGACCAUUCAAGUGAAGCGGAGAGAAUCAUUUUCGAGGACAAUGAUGAAGAGAAAGGUUUCAUCUUAGCUCCCGACUCCAAAUGGGCUGACCAACAAGAUGGAACUUCUAACAUGCAUUGUUUGGCCAUUGUCACCAAGAAGGGAAUCAAAUCACUGAGAGAUUUAACCUCGGCCCAUUUAACUUUGCUCACCAACAUCAGGGACAAGGGAAGUCAAGCCAUGAAUGAGAGAUAUGGAAUCAAGGGGAAUCAGCUUCGUAUUUAUAUCCAUUAUCAACCUUCAUUCUAUCAUUUUCAUGUACACUUUGAACCACUUUCAUAUCGAAGCUCAUCCAUUGAAAGAUGCCACCUAAUUGAUCAUGUCAUUGACAAUUUAACUCUAAUUGGUGAUUACUAUCAAAAGGCAACCCUUACUUUUCCCGUUAAAGAAAACAGUGGCCUCCACCUAAAGUACCAAGAGCUCAAGUCAUUGGCUUGACAAUAAUAUUUUUUCAUAAUCAACUAAACAAUUGAUCAUCACUUACAACAUCUUUCAUCAUCAACAUUAUCAUCAACUUCUUCUUCUUUUCUUUUCCUUCAAACCACAAACGCCUAAAGCAACGCAUUCAAACUCAUUGAUCAAACCAAUUUAUUAAUGAUACAAAUCUUUACACUUAAAUGGGUUGACUAUAAUUUGCCUAGAGCUUUUCAUCAUGUAUGGAAAGCGGAAAAAUUAACUAGAGAACAGUUUUAAACUAUACAAACAGUGUAUCAACUCAUCAAUCUCUGAACCUGCCUGAUUAUUUUAAUUUAAUUAGCAAACCACAAGCUCCAAACAAUCCUGAUGAAUAUCAUCACAACCCUAAAGAAGAAAAGAAGAAAAUUUUCCAGCUAAUUUUAUAUCAAUUCUUCCGGAUCAACUUAAUUAUUUUUCUUCUUUUAUUCUCUCAUGUGAUUAACUUAACAUAUAUUCACUUCAAUUAUAUACAUAAAAACCGUAAUGGAACAUGGAAUUUCAAUUAGAAAAGAAGUGAAAUUCAAUUCUUUCCCUCGAUGGAAGCAAAACAAGAAAGGAUCAUCAUCUUGAGAAAAGAAGAAGAAAAAAAUGAAGAUGAAAACGAACAAAAUUUUCUCAACAAUCAAGUUUUCCACCGCAAAAAUCAGACACUCUUUUCCCAAGAUACUCUCUCCAUCUCAUGGAAACCCCAUUUUGUUUUUCACUUUGAUAAUCAUUUCAAUCUAUUGAUUUAAGACAAUCUGAUAAUCUCUUCAAUAACAAGGCUAAUACACAGACAACCACACACAUUGACAGAGAGAGAGAGUGACACACAACAACAAUUAAAUUGUCCACAAAUGAUGAUGAUGGUCAUGAAGAUUAGUAAAUACAUUGAAAGAGUCCAUCAAAGAUAAUCAUUUGAUAUCUUCACAAGCCAAGGGAAGGAAAAGUUUCCAAGGUAUUUCCACCCGCCUCAACCGUCUUGAAGGGUGGUAAGGGAAUGUGAUCUCUUCAAAUCAAUUAGCCCCAAUUAAUUAAUUUACAAAGGCAACAAAUCAGAGGGAAAGGCCUCCCAUUGGAAAUGAUUAGUUGGCUCUCUAUGCUGCUUUUUCACAAAGACAACAAAUCCUGAUAAGACAAUAAUGAAUAUCUUUUCCUAAUCCACUCAUAUAUAUAUAUUUAUAUAUAUAAUAUAAAGAAAAAAAGUUAAA